AUGCAGCAUCUGAAAGAGGUUAGGUUAUGGGGGGGGGGGGGGGGGGGGGGGGGGGGGGGGGGGGGGGGGGGGGGGGGGGGGGGGGGGGGGGGGGGGGGGGGGGGGGGGGGGGGGGGGGGGGGGGGGGGGGGGGGGGGGGGGGGGGGGGGGGGGGGGGGGGGGGGGGGGGGGGGGGGGGGGUGGGGGGGGGGGGGGGGGGGGGGGGGGGGGGGGGGGGGGGGGGGGGGGGGGGGGGGGGGGGGGGGGGGGGGGGGGGGGGGGGGGGGGGGGGGGGGGGGGGGGGGGGGGGGGGGGGGGGGGGGGGGGGGGGGGGGGGGGGGGGGGGGGGGGGGGGGGGGGGGGGUGGGGGGGGGGGGGGGGGGGGGGGUGUCAAGGGCAAGGCUGCUCCAACGACGUCAACUUCACAGUUAUCCAUGGACAAGCAGACCUCAAAUGCCUCUUCAGGACAUGGACAAGUGCGGAUAA